GGAAAUGCACGGCGCGCAGGCAGGGUAGAGGGGGUUCUCUGUGAGGGCACAAAAAAAAGGAAAAAAAAAAAGUUCACGAGACAAGAACCCGUUUUGUACUGCAUCGCCGAAACGUAGUACUUUCGCGCCUUUCUUUGUUAUUUUCCUCUCUGCGAAGAUGACCACGGCUGUAGUGCCGCCUCUUUUCGACUUCAGCGAAGUCAUUAACAACAACAAGAACAACAAAAUGCUGAACUAUAAUAAUAACAUACUCAGCGCUCCACACACCAUGUCUAUGCCCUGCACUGGAGCAAAUCUGCAAAUCUCGAGCCCCACUGGGAGCCUGCUGGACAGGAAGGCCGUGGGGACACCCUCCGUUGGCGGGGUUUACCAACGACGGCACUCGGUCACUUUGCCCAGCAGCAAGCUCAACCAGAACCAGUUCCUGAACAGCAGCAAGGCAGACCCAGCCCUGCUGGGCACAGGGAUGGGUAGCAACGGUAGCAACAAAGAAAACCGCCUCAGAGAUCGCUCCUUCUCCGAGACAGGGGACCGCCUGCUGCAGAAGUGUACAGGCCCCGUGGGCCCCGGUGGCAGCCAAGUCAACUCCAGCCGCUACAAAACUGAGCUGUGCAGGCCCUUUGAGGAGAAUGGUGCCUGCAAGUAUGGCGACAAGUGCCAGUUUGCCCAUGGCAUCCACGAGCUGCGUAGCCUUAGCCGUCACCCCAAGUACAAGACAGAGCUCUGCCGAACCUUCCACACCAUCGGCUUCUGCCCCUACGGCCCUCGCUGCCACUUCAUCCACAACGCCGAAGAACGUCGUGGGCCUCCUCCUACCCCGUCCCCUCUCUCCUCCUCCAACAAGAUGGAGAGACCACGUUUGCAGCACAGCUACAGUUUUGCUGGGUUCCCCAGCUCUGGAGGUCUGAGAGACAGCCCCACCUCUGUCACACCACCCCCCAUGUUCUCUCCGGAUGAGCUGCCUGAGUGGCCCAGCAGAUAUCCCCUCACAUACUCCAGCCAGGAGCUGGCUAAUCUCUUCGGCCCUAGUUUGGGAAGCUGCCCUUCAUCUGAUCCCACUGCCCAGGCGCCACCCUCUCCAUCUACAACUCCUUACUACUUCAGGCCCAUGUCGGAGUCUCCUCAUCUCUUCGAGUCUCCGUCCAGCCAGCCGGACUCCCUCUCUGACCAGGAGGGUUACCAGAGCAGCUCGGGCAGCAGCUUGAGUGGCUCCGAAUCGCCAGUCCUCGACACCACUCGCCGGCUGCCCAUCUUCAGCAGGCUUUCCAUCUCUGAUGACUAAGGUGUCCAGUGCCAGAUUCCUCCAUUGCACACAGUAGUAGUAGUUCAAGAGCAUGAGGGGCAAGUUUGUCCUUCUACCUCCUGCCUACUGUUUAGCCUUCUAGAGGCAGUAGACUUCCCUCGUUGUAUCACUUAGGCUUUAAAAACACAGAAAAACAAAAAAAGAUGCAGUGAAUUAAGGGAACUUUUGAAUUUUCAUUUAACCACAAAAAGCAAAAACUACCCUUUGGCCCAUAAGCCUGUUUGCUGCCCUGGCUUGGCCUAAUCUCAUAGAUGCCCUGCCAUGACAUGUGUGACUGUGCCAAAACAACUAGAGCAGGAAGUGGAUUGGUGAAAGGUAAGAGACUGUUGUGCCAGGUACUACUACUGCUUCAGUAGUGCAUAGCAGAGCCACAGGUGGCAUGUCUAGGGGAUAGAUCUGCGCUGAGGACCCUUUUCCCCAUGCACCACUCAACUCAAGGACACUCUCCUAACUAGCUGAAUGGUUUUGCUAGAGUCACACUUAGAUCAUUCACAGCUGUCUAAUGCAGACCAACAAAAAGAAAAAAAAAAGGAACUAAAAGUGCCUGGGGUUUAUCAAGUAAAGUGUUGAGGUGAAAGGACUACUGUCUCUUCUUUUUCUUUUUACUUCACAUUAGUUUCUUGCAGUCUGCUAUAGUAGCUCUCACUUUGAGCAUUCUUCCGCCCUCCUGGUAGAUGGCAGACGAUGUCAGUCUGCAAGAAGGACUUCUCAUGAGGUUGAAAAUGGGAGUUCUAGAAUAAAUUCGGCAUGUUCUGUUUUUAUCAUGUGCAACCAGCUCUGGCUUCUUCACAAAACUAGGACAAAACCCUGAGAUUGGGUGUCGCCACUCAAUAAUGAACAACGUCUGCUGCCCCCACCCCAGUUUUCCCCAUUGUGGCUGGUCACUUGGUGUUUGUUGGGAAGGGAAUGCCUAACCGGUUGUUUUAAACCUUUAAAGACUGACUUUCUCCCCCACCUUCCAGUCAGCAGAGGGGAAUUCCAGCAUUCCCAAGGUGCAGCUGAACUUCCUGAAACUUCACUUUAGAUCUCCAAGCUAAUUAGCUUUUCCAUAGAAUCUGCUCAGAAGAGCGCUUUGUAAUUUCAUCACAUCCUUCCACCUCUUUCGUUUGACUUAUUGUCAUUGUUUAUUAUGGUUAUAUUAUUAUUGUUGUUGUUGUUGUUUGGAAAAGAAAACUUUCGAGACAGAAGGUUUUGCUUGUCACUGCUUAUUUAACUUAUCAAACAUAUUUAUUGGUGAUCAUAUGCAUUUUUUUUGUUAAUUUUGUUUGUAUUUAUCUUGAUAAUGAAACGAUAGAAUAUAUUUUCAUUUAUGUUAAAUUAUGAUCUUCUGUAUUAAUCUUAAGAUUGUGAAGACUUGUCAACUUUCUUUUUUCACAGUUUAAUAUAUUGUACUACAAUUACUUGUUUGCAACUACACUUUGAAAAAAUGAAACUUAAUUUAAAGCAAAAACAAAAAUCCUCUGCGUUUUGAUUAUUUAUUGUAGAUUUUCAUUCUUUUUUUUCCCAAAUAUUGGACUGCAAAACCAUUAGGCCUAAUGUUUUCUCGAUUUAUAGACAUUUGGACUCACUAGAAAGCUUGACAUCAGUACAUUCAUCUUUUGUUUCUUUAGUCAAUCUUCAGUUGUUGCACCCCUUUUUUAUUGUUUAAGCUGAGGCAGGUUUAGUCCUCGCAUGUAGCAUUUUUUGUUUUUACCCCUUUGUAACGGAGAUGGUAGCGGAAAAAUACAGCACCAGUUUAUAGUACUGAACUGUGUAUAUACUGUGAGCACUAGAUAGAUUGGUGUCAGAAUGUCGCAAGGGGACAGACACAAUUUUAUCAGAAUGUUGUUACUAGAGACGGAAGUUGAGUUUGAUUCCAGUUGGACUUUAAUGGCCUUGAAGCUUCUGCUUCCAUUUUGAGAACCACCUGAAGUGCAUUCUCUUGUUGCCUUUGUGUUCAUUGAGAUGUUAGUGAUGUGAUAUCAAUGCAGGUUACAAAACUUCAGUGUUAAAAGCAGUUCUUCCUGUUACAUGUGUAAAUUAGAUGAAUUGCAGGCAAUAACUGUGACCAAACGGGUUGAAGAAUGGAUGUCCUUAUUUUAUUAGUUUUGUUUGUUUCUAAUUGGUUUAUUGCAACACUUCUUCCAGCCCAAAUGUAAAAAAAAGUGCCUCUUUUUAUACAUUCCAUUGAGCUUUUGCUCCCUGCCUUGAACAAUGAUGCAGAAGAUGCUAAAAUAUGUUGGAGUAGUUCUUCCCUGCUUCCUCAAUUGAUUUGAAUUGAAGAUUGAGAAGAUUUGGUUAACAGGAUAGACACAAAGAAAGUAUCUAGCCUAAACUGUUGAAUGUAUUUUUAAACAGCUUGUGCUGUUCACUACAGUAAUUUCUAUGUGAGUUUAUAUAAAAUUGAUUGCUUUGUUAUGACUGAUUGCAGUUAAAACCAAUAAACCCCAUAUUUUUCAAAAA